AUGGAGCACUGGCGCAUUGGCACUUACUUGCGCAUUCGGCCACCGCGCAAGCACACGACCAAGGCCUACACGCUUCCACGUGCACGGCCCCAUGACCGAGUCCAAACGAUCUUUUUUCCAAUUCUACCGGUAGCACUCGACGCACGCAGCACGCUCAAGCAGCGAGACGUGCUCGAGUUCAAGUACGACCAAGUGUUUGACCAUGACGUGCAUCAGGACGUUGUCUUUGAUGCAGUGUGCCGCGAUAUCAUUACAAGCGCAAUGGAGGGCUACAACGGCACGAUCCUCGCGUACGGCCAAACGGGCAGCGGCAAGACGUUCACCAUCACAGGCGGCGAGAGCUACCACGACCGGGGCAUGAUUCCGCGCACGAUUUCCGCGCUCUUUGAUGCGUUCGAGACGCGCCGAGAUACGAGCUACCGGUGCUUUGUGUCGUACUUGGAGGUUUACAACGAAAACAUUUACGACCUCUUGGACAAGGCCCACAUGAACAAACCGAUCGACGAGUGGACCAAAAUUCACUUGCAACUCUCGGACGACGACGACGAUGAUGUGCAUUUUCGAAAUUUGGGCGUCUACGAAGCCAACUCGGAAGAAGAUGCACUCAACUUGCUCUUCUUGGGCAAUGUGAACCGCGUGACGAGCGACACGCCGAUGAAUCAAGCGUCGUCGCGUUCCCACUCGAUUUUUACCAUCUUGAUCGAAGGCCGUCGGAAAGACUCGGAGGUCGUGCUCAACUCCAAGCUGCACAUCGUCGAUCUCGCGGGCUCGGAGCGCGUCUACAAGCGCGACGGCACCGAACGCAUGCGCAACGAAGGCCGCUGCAUCAACCUUUCUCUGCACCACCUGGAACAAGUGAUUUUAGCCCUCCAGCAACGCAGCAGCAAAAAAACCAAGACACACAUACCGUACCGCAACUCAAUGUUGACGUCUGUGCUGCGUGGCAGCCUCGGCGGCAAUUGCAAGUCCGUCUUUAUCGGUACACUUAACCCCGAGGCUGAAUACGUGGACGAGAGCAUCUCGACCUGUCGCUUCAUGCUGCGCUGCAGCGAGGUCGCGGUCGACGUCCGCGCCAACCGCGACAUGGACACGACCGCACUGAUCGCACUUCUGCAACGCGAGAACGACCGACUGCAAGCAGAGCGCACGUCGCUUCAGGAGAACGUCGCGCAUCAGAUUGAGCUCAACGCACAACUGCACGCACAACUGACAUCGGAAAAGGCACUGCGCCCAUUGACCGAAAUUGAAAAAGACGUGUGCGAGAAGCUCGUGGAGCAAUUCCUUGUCACCGAGACGGACCAAGACGACAUUUUGCGAACGCUGCAGCACCUCGGGAUGGCGCACGCCCUCGAGUGUCUUCGCCAGCUCAAGACGAGCAUCAUCUUUGCGUCCAACACGGCGGCCGAGGCGCAAGAGUCGCUGCUGGCGCAAGACGAGCGCAUGAAGGACGUGGAAAAUCGCCUUUUGGAGCAGCGCGCCGACGCCGACAAACUCAAGACGCACAUCGUACAGCUCACGGCGCACAUCAACGCGUUGCAUGAAGCGUCCAGCAGCGUUGCCGAAGUCGACGACCCGCACGACGACGAAGACGAUCUGUGCAGCGAGAGCGACGCCGAGAGUGAAAAAGUGGCGCCGACGACCGAGCCGCCCAAGCCCGUGCCGCGGGGCGAGAGCGCGUCGGAUGCCAUCAAGCGGCGCAUGGAGCUCCUCAAGCAAGGUGCUAUCUUCAUCAAGCACGGACGACAAGGCAAGCCGCAUGCGCGUUUUGUGUGGUGCUCGAACGACUUGCAAUACUUGAGCUACCGACCGGUGGGGAGCCAAGGCCCUAUGAUUCAGAUUUCAACGUCGUCACUGCACGCACUUGCAUUUGGCCACAGCACCAAGGUCUUUCUGCGCAAGACGGACCGGUCGCGGAGUGAAUUUUGUUUUUCCAUCCUAUACGAUGACAAGAAGAGGUCCCUGGACCUCGAGGUCGACGAAGGGGACAGCGCGGAUCGCAACCGACUCCGGUGCUGCGAGUGGACCGAAGCACUGCAGUUCCUCAUCAAGUGGAAGUCAGCGCAGCGCAGCCAGCCAGUAGCAAAACAGUAG